CUGACCUUUCGAGAAGUGAAUUUCAAGUGCUGGAUUUUUCCUUUCGGUGUGCUCUUUGGUCUUGUCUUAUCUCACGUGUGUGCCUGUGCCGUGAUCUUGAUCGGUAGCGAGUGAGGCGCAAAAUCACGUCAGUCAGCGUUUGGACGGUGCGGCUGCACGAUGGGGUGCCUCCUUCUCGCUCUUUUGGCCGUCGGCCUCUUUGCGGCCUGCAAACUCAGCGCCAAGGUCAAUUAUUACACGAGGUUCAUCAUCUUCAUCAUUAGUUCGGCCAUCUCGGGCACAGUUUUCAUUCCGUUGAUGUUUUUCAAGCCGAGAGACAGCAGAAACGGACAAUUGCCAGCGUGGCUGUUGCGUUGGUGCAUGCGAAUGAUCGGAAUCACCUACGAAGUCAAAGGAAAACAGAACAUAUUAAAAGACAGCGGCGCCGUUGUGCUGAUGAACCACCAGAGUAUUUUGGAUUUAAACGUGCUUGCUUACAUCUGGCCGGUGACGCCGAGAGGGUGCGUCAUUUCCAAGAGGGAGGUGUUUUAUCUGUGGCCGUUUGGCCUUGGAGCUUGGCUUUGGGGAACCGUCUUCAUCGACAAACUCAAUCCCGAAACGUCGCAGAAGGACCUGAACGAGGCUGGCUCGCACAUUACCACUUCUAAGGCGCGCAUUUGCAUGUUCCCCGAGGGCACGAGGCACAGGGGCGCGGAAUUGCUACCCCUGAAGAAAGGCGCAUUCCACCUGGCUCUGAACGCCCAGUGUCCCAUUCAGCCGAUACUUAUCAACAAUUAUCAUUUUCUCGAUCACAAGACUCAUCGGUUUGAUUCAGGACACACCAUUAUUCAAGUUCUGCCAGCCAUCGAAACGAAAGGGCUCACAAAAGAGGACAUGCCUGCGUUGAUGGAAAAAGUGUACAACGCAAUGAAUGUAGGCUACAAAAAGCUUAACGAGAAAACAUCGUGGUAGAAAAAGUGAUAGACAAAACAAAUAUUUUUUUUUUUUGCAAAAGAAUUAUUAUUAUAGUGAGGAUGAGCUUUGAGCCAACAUUGUGUUCCUUUUUAUCAAAUUAAGAGUUUACUAUGUGUGUGAUAUUUGUAUUGUUUGUAUAAAAAUGCUCUUUAACACCGCCA